GUAUUACACAGUGCAAGUGCGGACGAUUCUCACACACGGGAAUAACAGGCUCAGAACUACAAUAUAAACUCUCAGAUGUAAACACCUAAUGAAAUGUCAGCGUGGGCAGGGACAUAUCUGUAUUUAACCUAAGGAAUAUACCUGUCAGUUUUAUAUAAUACAAGCGUUUUCAACAAGUAAGGAACCUGCUGGCUUUUUCAAAUCUGCCAACGUGCUAGCUGCUGAAGUAAUCCUGAAUUUCACAAACCAAGAAUGAACUCCACUGUAGAACCAACGACAAUAGGCCAUAGCAAUGUUACAGACCACCUCAAAAAGUAUCACGUUGUUGAACAUGAGUCUGCCAUUAUUUUCUUCAUAUUCUGCAGUUGUGCAGUCGGAGUUCUGGUCCGAAGAGUUAUCCAGAGUCUCAACCUUCGAAUGCCUUACACAGUGGUACUCCUUGUACUGGGAGUAUUGUUUGGACUCCUAUCUGGACAAAACAAAAGCAUACACGAGUAUGCCAGUGUAGUCAACAUUGACCCUCAUCUCUUACUCAACAUAUUUCUUCCUGUACUCAUCUUUGAAUCAGCCUUUGCUAUGGAGGUGCACACUUUUUUGAAGACUUUUAUUCAAGUUGUCCUGCUAGCUAUACCUGGUCUAGCCCUGGCAUCACUGUUUACCUGUAUCCUGGCUCGCUACCUCUUCACCUACAACUGGGAUUGGAAUACAGGGAUGAUGUUUGGUGCUAUACUCAGUGCCACAGAUCCAGUAGCAGUUGUGGCUUUGCUCAGAGAUUUAGGAGCAUCUAAAAAACUGGCUAUGGUAAUAGAAGGGGAAUCACUACUGAACGAUGGAGCAGCCAUUGUCUUCUUCCAGAUAUUUUUGAAGCUUUCAACCUCAGGGGGAGAAAUAGAUGGUGGUGAAAUCGUUUGGGAGUUUGUACGUGUGGCAGUAGGUGGCCCUUUGUGGGGAUAUCUGAUGGCAAAAAUAACCCUGUUUUGUUUGUCACGGAUAUUCAAUGAUGCCCUGACGGAGAUCACCAUUACUUUGGCCUCCACAUAUAUCACCUACUACAUGGGUGAAGUGUUCCUUGGAGUUUCAGGGGUACUGUCCGUUGUUGUACUGGGUGUGGCUAUGAAUGCUCAGCGUACCAUGAUCAGUCCGGAGGUGGAGAAAUUCCUACACAGGUUUUGGGAGACAAUGGCCUAUAUAGCAAACACACUCAUCUUUAUCAUUGUUGGAAUGGUAAUAUCAGAAACAGCUAUUUUUGAGAUUCACGGAAAAGACUGGUUCUUCAUGUUUUCUCUUUACUUUGGAAUAUUUGUGAUAAGAGGUUUAGUGAUCGCCAUCUUUAGUCCGAUACUGCGACACACAGGUUAUGGAAUGUCAUGGCAGGAAGGAAUCAUAAUGACUUGGGGAGGCCUCAGAGGGGCUGUGGGGUUAGCUCUGGCCCUACAAGUGGCCCACCAUGAUGAAAUAGAUCAGGAGAGUGUUGGUAUAAGGGUUCUCAUUCAUGUGUCUGGAAUAGUGUUCCUAACCCUGCUGGUAAAUGCCUCUACUACUGGAGCUCUUCUUCAAAUUCUAGGAAUGAGUGAUAUCUCCCCUGCCAAGAGAAUGGCCAUGGCCAACUCCCUCCGAUACCUACAUGAUAUGAGGGAACGUACACUCAACAUGCUCAAAACAGACAGGUUUCUGGCUGAUGCUGACUGGGAUACAGUAGAGAAAGCUUGUGAGUUGGAAGAUCCCUACAAAACUACAGAGGAGGAGGCCCUUGUGGAUGAGUCACUAGACAUGCGAGCGAAUGCUGUGUGUCCAGACUGUGAUUCCCAACUACCCGCUACCUACACACGUAAGGAGCUGCGAGACAUGACUAACGAGGCUAUCCUACGCAUGCUGAAAGCAGAAAAAAUGAGCUAUUGGCGCCAGUUUGAACAAGGCAUGUUGUCUCGGGAGGCUGUGCGGAAACUCCAGGAAUGUGCAGACAUUGCUGCAGACAAAAAGGGAAAGUCGUUGGAUGUAGAAGAGAUCAAGAAAAGUUGGGAGGUACCCUCAGUCUACAUGCGGUUUAGACAAAUGAUCAAGAACUUUAUAAUUGAGGACAACACAGUGUGUCCCAAGCAGUCAGCAAUGAAACUGCUGUACACAACAUCGAACCAUCGAGCCUUCAACAUCAUCAUGUAUAUUCUCAUCCUACUCGACAUGGUCAACCUUGCCUUUGCCCUACUGAGCCAAUUCCAUAUCUACUGGACAGACAAGGCCUUCAUAUUCCGUAUCAUCAACGUCAUCUACCUCUCAUUCUACAUCAUUGAAGCUCUUGUUGUAAUCCUGGUCCAGAAGAAACAAUACCUGAGUAACUGUUGGCACAACUUCUGCCUAUCGAUCAUCUUUAUCGGGAUCAUUGAUGUUAUUCUCAGCUUUGCUCUGCCGUCUGUCUACGGAGAAAGUAACAACUUGACCAAUAUUGUUAUCACAGUGUUUAUAUGUCUACGUAUUGUCAGGAUAUUCAGACUGCUUGAGCCGACAAUGCCAUUGAUUAUGUCUCUGGUGAAAAAUGUCAUCAGCCAGCACCUUAGUUAUGGCUAUGAUGUAGGCAGAGGAUAUGUAGCAGGGGAAGAGGAGGUCCGAAAACUUGUUGAUCACAUGGUGGAUCAGAAAGAAAUUUCCAAAACCCUUAAACAGGUCAGCGACAAUGGUAGGCUGGACGUCAUCAGGUGUCUGGGUAUGCUACAGAAACAACACCCUGACAUUGCCCUGUCCAUUAAAACUCGACAGGCUGUUCGUAGCGUUCUCAACAAUCUCCGGGAUGGCAUACAUGAACUGCUUAGUGAUGGCAUUAUUGAAGAAACAGAAGGAAUAAAGCUGGAAAAGAUUGUAGAAGAGAAAAUGAAAAGAUUACAGAACGCGCCACCUAGUCUUCCUCUGCCACCUCCAGACAGGAUGCUCAAUAAUGUUUUCUGGCUCCGUAACGAUCACAAACUUAUUGCAUACAUCAAGGAAAAAGCAAAGCUUCUGACUUACAAUUAUGAAGAUAUCAUAAUAUCGGAAGGAGACCCCCCUGGUGGAAUCUACAUCAUCGUGUCGGGCAUGGUCAGGCUGGAAAAGUUAAUGUCCAACAAAGAUCAGGCUCUUGUUUAUCGUCCACCACAACCUACUGGACAAAUCCUGCGUAAGAAACGCGCCACCCGUCAUUCCAGGCUUGAGUCCACGUCCCAGCCUGGUAAGCCGAUCCUGGAUGACCAUCCCUCUGGUUCACAGAUUGAGUUCAAAUCAAACUUGAUUGACUUCCUGACGGCAGGCAAUAUCAUUGGAGAGAUGGGAUUUCUUACAAAGAAACCGCGAUCAGCCACAGUUAUUUGCGAGACUGCGGUCCAGCUACUGUUUAUCAGCUUGGACGAUAUGGAGUAUGCUCUGACCCACUUCAACGACAGCGACCCUUCCCUGGAGUACCGUUUGUGGCAUGUUUGUGCCAACCGUAUUGCUACCAAUGUGUUACUGAAACAGAUGUCCUACCAGGGAUGGACUAAGGAAAAAAUCAAACUGCGCCUCGAGAAUUCCUACCUUCUUGAUUCUGAUGAUAUCGAAGUGUUCACCGUUGAUUCGUCAAUGUCAGAUGUUGUUCUUGUCAACGGCUUUGCCCAGAAUGCCUUCACGCAAGAACAGAUAGUUGGGCCAGCAUACAUCCCUUGGACCAUUCUCAAGCUUGAACUGCUGCCUGAUAAGGGACCUAAACCAGUGUUACUGAUAGUUCCUACCGAGGUUGGACAGCCACACCACACCAACCAUAAGUCCAGUCACGAUGUACGACAUGGUCAUGGGGCUUUCAUCUCAUCCAUAUCCCAGCUCUGCCUCAACCACGCCUCCAAACACCGCAAGAAUGCAGAAUCUAAAUGGAAGCAGGACCUCGCACGCAAACGUUCAAUACAGAAAGUUCAACAUGCAAAAAGUCUUGGAGUAUUGUUUAGCAAGGGUCGGAUAAACGAUGGUGACAAACGAGAUAAUGUAUUAUCAAAUGGAAGCAUCAACAGGGAAUGUUACCCUCUCGGAGCAAGAGCCUCUACACCAGGCCGAGUACAGACCAAACCUUUAAGGAAACACGAGCUGGAGACAUUUCAGAAUGAGACCAUGAGCAACGAGGAGGAGGAUGAGGAUGGAGAUCUAAGGGAAGAGUAUGCGUAUCCUAUUUGGGUACGUGGUUCGGAAAGUGGUCAGGAUGCAUGUGAAGCCUGUGGAGCCGACAGAAAAAAAUGUAGAUGUUAUGGCCCUAAAAACGAACGAAAGACUCAAAAUCUUGGUCAAAGACGCGUAUCCUACCAUGAACCGUCUUGGAGUUAUAGGGAAGACUAUGGAACAGAGGACAUAACUUAUGACAAGCCCUCUACAGGACGUAGGUAUAGUACUAUACCGUCAGAUACAUUCAAAUCUAAUGGCUUACCGUCUGAACUCACUGAUACAUUUGGUGAGCAACUUGCACACCACAUACCCAGUGAGGUUUCGUCCGUAAAACGCAACCCUGUCGAUAUGACACUUCCUGCACAUCAUUCUACCAACAAAACUAAAGAAUUACCAGGAGGCUCCGGAUAUAGAAAAUCAGGAGAAACUGAACCAGGCAGUAAUUCACCUAGAAAUCGAGAUGUUUGGAAUGAACAUAGCAAUGGAAUGUCGACCUACUUAGGUGUCGGUCGACUGUCACCAGUCACAGACGAGUCAGGUGCAUUUCCCGUUCACUAUUCUUCUGGAACACGGAGUACGGAUACUGAUUCCUACAAUGCACGUGCCUCAGAUGACAGUAGACUAGCGAGUGUGUCAUCUGGAAGCAGGAAUGAAAUCCUGUCAACUGGUACUCCAGAAUCUAAUAGCCUGUCGUCUGUCACACGGGAUACAAUGUCAUCAAGAUCAACACGUUCUUCGGAUGUGUUGCGCGGAUCCUACAGUGGAAUAUCAGGGUCUUAUAGUUCAAAGUCUUAUUCCGAAUCUUUUUCUAACAAUCCGUCAUCCUGUUCCAUAGUUCUCCCUGAAUCAAAUUCAUCAUUGUCUUCCAAGGAGUUAAAUUGGGAGAAUCGAGAGGGAUUAAAGCGACCCGAUGAAAUGUCACCGCCUAUUACUUAUGAAAAACAUGUUACAGAGAAAAACAAACCGCUGAAAGUAAUUGAUAAUAUUGGCUGUGCGCCUAAUCCAGUUGGUGUGCUUGCUGAAGUUCCUACAACAACUGGAAAUAAUGCACGGUUAGAUGAAGAUUUAGUAUCCGAAACAAUUGCUCGAGGUAGGCAUGAGUUUGCUGAGGAGUGGGGGUCCUCCUCUAUGACUUCGUUUGUUCCUGUCAUGGAGAGAAUUCCAGAGGCCAGUGGAACCGACAGUGUGUCGACUAGCAUUUCUAGCACUUCACUGAAUGACGAUAUCGAGCGUAUGCGACCUAGUCGUGACCCUUUUCCAAUGGAGAAAAUCCCUGAGAUCAGCGGAACAGGCAGUGAAUCAAGCACGCCGAUGAAUGACGAUGUCGAUGAAUCUAGUGAAACCAUUGAUACAAAGCUUUAAAAUACUAUAACAAGGUAGACAUGACGGAUUGAAAGUGCUGUUUGUUUUGCUACGUACGAUACUGAUCUCGUUUUGAAAGAAAAGAGUCAUCGAUUCUUGUCAGUAUGAGCGAUGAGUGUUUUUCUGCAUGUUUUGUAUAACAUUUGUUUGACGUAUCAAAGCAAUCAGAUGUAUGCAUUAUUGUCUAGUGGCUUUACUAAGGUUUGUAAACUACCUGCCUACCUUUUAUGUCUUCUGAUAUAUCGAUCCUAUUGUCUUCUGUCUUUUGUGUUCAUUUUGUUUUCAUUCUGUUGUCUGCGUUAUAUUUCUGGGAUUAUGUGAAACAGUCAUUUGUCUUUAUAUCGGCACAAUGUAUCUGAUAUAUUUCUAAUCAUCAUUCUCUUUCACCAACUGUUCUGCAUUUUGCUGUUUCUUUGACGUUUGUAUGUCUUUGUCUUGCUUUUUCCUUUCAAACCUGAAAGUUUGUUAUAAAUUGACUGCUGGAUCUUCAGUGAAUUGUUUUAUCUGUCUUUUUGUCUGUCUGUUUUUUUCUGAUUGUCAUUUUGUAUACUUCUUUUUCUUUUUCUCUUUUUUGUCUGUCUGUCUCAAUUUGACAGAUGACUUCAAUGGAGCGUAUUGUCUGUCUGUAUGUAUGUCUGUCCUGUAGUGUGUCUUUCCUCUGUCUGUCUGUCUGUCUGACUAAAGCCUGUGUAUGUCCUUAAGUUGUUCUGUCUGUCCGUUCGUCUGCCUGUCUUUCUCUUCGUCCUUUAGUCAGUCUCUUUAGUGAAGUAUCGUUUUUGUUUGUCCUUUUGUCUCUGUGUCUGUGUGUGUGUGUUGGCGGGGAUGUCUGUCUGUCUGUAUGUCUUUGUUUGUCUAUCUGAAAUAUCUGCCUUUUUAUCUCUCUGGCUGUCUCAUGUAACUAUUUGUUUGUCUUUGUUUUUGUGUGUAUUUGUCUCUCUGACUUUCUGUUUGGUUGUUUACUUUGCCUGUAUCGUCACGUCCUUUUGUCUAGAUUGUUUUGUCUUUCCUUUGUUUGUGUCUUAUUGUGUUUCGUCCUUUCGUCUAUCGUUUUGUGUGUGAUUUCUUUAAAUCUUUUUCUCUGUUUGUUGUCUGGCAUUUUGUCUACCGUUAUCCUUUUUGUUACAUACAUAUGUAUCCACAAUGAACAAAGCCAGGUGCCAGAAAGUUACAUUUUGAUACCGGUAUGUAUGUCUGUACUGUUCCUUGGAAGGAACUUUAUAUAUCACCGUAUACUAACUUUACACCUGUCACUUUGUACGCUUAAGUUUAUUACAUUUGUGUAACCUCUACUUAAUAUCAAUGCCUAUCAUCGUUUUGUGAUAUUGUAUUGUAUUGUAUUGUAUUGAAUUUGCAUCAUGUGUAUACAUUAAAUGUGCUUAAUGGAUUAACUUUCAAAGGUACUUAAUGGUUACAUGUAGUGAUGGUUAAACGUUAUACAUCUACAUGAAUAAGAAAAUCAUACGAGACUCAAAUUUGUCAGACUGUGAUAUUAGAUAAUUAAACAAUAUCAUAGGGUAAAAUGUCCUAUAUUUGAUAUAAAAGAUAUCAAAGAUUUAAUGUUUUUGAAGUUUCCGUUAAAGUCUGUUACUGUUCAGCCAUACAGUUUUUAUCCGGUACAGUUGAUUAUUGGAGAUUGACUUUAUUAUUAUUAUUUUUUUGUACAGUAUUUAUAUAUAUAUUGAAAAUUAUUCAUUGUAUAAAUGUGACAUUUUCUCAAGUGAAUGAUAUCACUUUUUUCCUCAUUUGACCAAUCAGAACCCAAAACGACAUUGGGGGAAAUUAAGAUUUGCAUUUAGCUCUCCGUCAUGUUAUAUGAUGUCAUAAUUUAGGAUAGAAUACAUAGCAUCACGAUAUGGCGUACUUUUGACGUUGACAGAGGACUGCAAUGAAUUUUGAAGAGAUUGAACAGCCUAAAUAUAUCUUGAUUAAAAAUGUAAAAAAAAAAAAAACAGAAUGUCUAACAGUAUUUUCUCGUGAAAUCUAUAUGGUAUUACUGAAGACACUGUUAUAUAUCCUUUAUAUAUUUAGUAAUGUGUUUCAUAGUUACUAUGAUUAAUAGUACUUUGUUGAUAUAAAUGAAAGUUAAUACCAUUAUUUUUAACAUGUAUCGUGAUUAAUUUGUGUAAUAUAGUAGUUAUAGGUAGUCGUACGAACUUAAUAAUUUCUUGCAUAUAUUUCCAUAUAUGUAGAAGUGUAUCGAUUUCUUUCUUUAAUAUCAUGUUAAGAACCCAAGUAUCUACAUUUUGUAUGUAGCAUGUUCCCAUGGGUCAUAUUUACAUAUACAAUAAAGAAAUAGGUCAUGUACGCACCAUUAAUAAGCUCAUGUCAGUUUGUGUAUUAUUAAGAACCAAUCUAGCAAAUACAAAAUAAAACAAAUGAAAAAUUGA